AUGGAUUACUCGAGUCUCAUGAACGCGUCCAACUUGAGCCGUAACUGCGUCUCGUGCAUCCACGCCAGCGGCAGUCACGCGCCCGGAGGACGCGAUCUGAGUCCCACCGGUCACGUGAUGGUCGCCGUGUAUCUCGGCUUCAUCGGCGCGUUCGGCUUCGUGAACAACGCGCUCGUGCUGCUGCUGUUCUGCCGUCACAAGCCGCUGCGCUCGCCGAUCAACUGCAUGCUCGUGAGCAUCUCCUUGAGCGACCUGCUCGUGUGCGUGCUCGGGACGCCGUUCAGCUUCGCCGCGAGCGCGCGGGGACGGUGGCUGAUCGGUGCGCACGGCUGCGUGUGGUACGGCUUCAUCAACUCCUUCCUCGGUAUCGUGUCUCUGAUCUCAUUGGCUGCUCUGUCAUAUGAACGUUACUGCACCAUGAUGGUGACCAUGCAGGCCAACAUCACCAGCUACAGUAAGGUCUUCAUGGGCAUUGCUUUCUCCUGGAUCUACUCCCUGGUGUGGACCAUGCCUCCGUUGUUUGGGUGGAGCCGCUACAGUCCCGAGGGUCCUGGUACUACCUGCAGCAUCAACUGGACCACCAGAACAGCAAACAAUGUGUCCUACAUAGUCUGUCUUUUCUUUUUCUGCCUCAUCCUUCCAUUCAUCGUGAUUGUGUACAACUACGGAAAACUGCUGCAGGCCAUCAAGCAGAUGAAGAGGAUGAACACAGUGCUGAGUCGUAAGCGUGAGCAGAGGGUUCUCCUCCUGGUGGUCACCAUGGUGGUAUGUUAUCUGCUGUGCUGGCUGCCGUAUGGGAUCAUGGCACUUAUAGUGACGUUCGGAGAACCCGGACUGGUCACGCCCGAGGCCAGCAUCGUGCCGUCUCUGUUAGCCAAAACAAGCACCGUGAUCAACCCCAUCAUCUACAUCUUCAUGAACAAACAGUUCUACAGCUGCUUCAGAGCUCUGCUCAUGUGUACGUCUCCAGAUCAAGGAUCAAACUACAAAAACUCCUCUAAGGUCACAAAGUCUGUCAGGAUAUUUAAACAAGCCAACAGUCCCAAUGCAACUCCACACCGAGACAUCGUCUGCGAUCCAGACAGCGACAAGCGGAAGAGCAACUCCAAGGCCGAGACCUGUUCUCCUGCAGCUCCUGGACCCAUGAAGCCCGUCGUCUCUCUGGUGGUCUGCUACAACGGAUGAGCAAAAAGACAGAAACCCGGUUCUUAACUCCA